AUGUCUAUUGAGAGGGAAGUCAAAUUGCUCCGGCAAGAGCUCUAUCAAUUGCAAAUCAAACUGAAGGACGUUGAAUCGAAGUUACUGGGAAGGACCACGUUGGAGUCAACUAGGAAUCGGAACGACUACCCCUCCAUCAUUCGCAAUGAUCUAGCGAGUAGUCGAAGCAACAUUGCUGGAAAGGUUAUGCCUGCAGUUAGAAAAGGCAAUCAAUCAACACUUCGCAGCCGUUCGUUCAAAGUGAUGCGACAUCUCAUAAACAUAGUGGAUGUCUCACAAGCUGCAAGCACAGAUAGCAAUACUGAGAAGAAGCGUACCGCAAGAGACAGCUCGCGCGAUCCAAUAACCUCUGCUGCACCAGUGACAAAGUCUAAAGCCUCAGUGAAGCCGAAAAAAGCAACAAACUCGCCACCGAAGGGGCCGUCAGCUCUGUUGAGUAGUCAAAAGAACUCUUGUGUCUCGUCUCUCUCGCUUCAACCUUUGAUAAAAUCCCAACCACCGGUCGCCCCGAAAUCGAUCAAGAAGUGUCUUACACCACCUAACGACCUGAAGAAUACUCCCAGUACAAGCUCUGCGACCCCCUGUCGCUUUCAGCCUAAACAUCCUUGCCAAGUCAAACCCUUAAACGACUUGCCUAGCACACACAAAGAAUCUGACUACAAAAAGUCCCAAACUACAUCUGAAGUUAUUGAGUAUAAGAAACUCCGACGUGGCUGCGGACGAUUUUCUCUCCUCAAGUACGAUCCCGCUGUACUAGACCUCCUACCAGCAUCGAUCAAAGAUAGAAGAUUUUUGGAGACAAAGACGGUGACUGAUAUAGAAGACUUACCGCAAGCAUCGGCAGACUUAAUUAGAAGACAAGUACUUGGCAUUUGGGAAUGGAAAGAAGGCACUUCAAGCGCUACAUUGCACAAAUACAAGACUCCAGAACUUGGGACAACUAUCAGUAACAAAGGAUUCAAGUUUGUUGGUUUUGGUUGGAGAGGUGAUUUAGGACAACCACCACCAAGAAUAGAGGAACUUCAUGAGGACAUCUCACAAGGCACGGACACUCUCAGAUGGUAUUGGUUCAAGGAUCUCUGGUUACUUUUUUACUUUGAUUAA